CCUCCUUACACAAGGGCGUGCCGGCGGCCACCAUCACAUCAGCCUGAAUGAAAACAUAGCACCGUUAGCUCAGGAGGCUAAUUCCCGCUGUGUGCAGGUUCAUCUGACAGCCACGUUCAUCCGCACCGGCUGACCGCGACGAGCGCAUGAAGUGCGAUGUCUGCGACCGACUGGUACGCGCACAAGUCGCUCGGAGACGGACUCUUCUGGAUCCAGGAGCGGUUCUUCCAGUCGGAGAACCGCGCCAACAUCUGGCUGCUGCGCGGCUCGCACCAGGACGUGGUCGUCGACACCGGUCUGGGCUUGAGGAGCCUGCCGGAGUACAUCGACGCCAUGGGGCUGCUCGGCAAGGACCCGCAGAAGAAGAACCCGCUGCUGGCCAUCGCCACCCACGCCCACUUCGACCACUCGGGCGGCCUGCAUCAGUUCCAACAGGUGGGCGUCCACAGCGCCGAGGUCGAUGCCCUGGCUAACGGCGACAACUUCGAGACGGUCACCUGGCUCAGCGACCGGGAGAUCGCCGAGGCUCCGUCUCCGGGAUGGAGGGCGAGGCACUACAAAGUGAAGGCGGUGCAGCCCACUCACAUCCUGCAGGAGGGUGAUGUCAUCAACCUGGGUGACCGGCAGCUGACGGUGCUCCACAUGCCCGGUCACUCUCGGGGCAGCAUCUGCCUCCACGACCGAGACAACAAGUUGCUCUUCAGCGGAGACGUGGUGUACGACGGCGCCAUGAUUGACUGGCUGCCCUACAGCCGCGUCAGUGAUUACAUCAGUAGCUGCGAGCGUUUGGUGGGGCUGGUGGACAGCGAACAGGUUGACCAAGUCCUCCCUGGACACUACAACACCUUCGGAGCAAAGCGGCUCCACCGGCUUGCGUCCUCGUAUAUCAGCCGAGCCGGGACGUGCCCAGCUAAGUUCUCCACGUUCGCCUGGAGAACCCUGGCCGGGGUGGCGCUGCGGGCGUGCAACCCACGGAGUGCCUGUUAAUGUAGAGGGGAUGAUCGCGGAGCUGGACCAAGCAAAAAACUGUGUAAAUAUGCUAGAGUGAGGUGAGGAGGGGGAGGCACCCCUCAUUUGUCUGUAACUGUAACAUUCAUUUACUUAUGUAAUCCAACAGAAUUCAUGUAAUUGCCAAACUUUGAGUAAAAUUCCCCCAUUGGGUUACAUAAGUCAAUAAUCAAGCAUUAUAUUUAGCAUAUAAUAUAAAGUAUCUAUUUAUGUGAUUGUGUUAUAUACUGAUGAUUAUGUAUAUGUUGGUCUGAAUAUGAUUAGUUGUAUGGUUUUUUUUAUACUCUAAGCAAAUACUUAGUAACAAUAGCACAACAAUGAUAGAACUCUGCACUGCAAACAGAAAGCAGGGAGAUUUGGGUUUGCAGCUGAGACAUUUGAAACAGUCAAUAUGGCCAUAGUGUUUCUCUAUGCAUACUCUAAUGCAGAGUGAAGGCUCAGCAUCGACUACCUCCUAUGUUUGUAAGAGUGCUUUGUAUUAUCGACUAACUGCGGCUUUGCUAUUGAAACAUUGACAAUAAAGCCUCUGUUCUA